AUGACGUCGAUCGUACACUCUUCCGUUCGGCCGAUCCGUCGCCUGUCGCACCUGCUCCUCGCUGGCCACAAUCCGCUCUCCCCACCUCUGGCCUACUCUCAACGCUCUCAACAGUCACCUUCAAACCCCUCGCUGUCGGCCGUCCCCUUGUCGUCGUGGCUCGGCUCGAUCGGCAGAGCUCAAGACGUCGCAGGCGGCUACCACCUCACGUCCAUCUCGGCAGGCCAAGGCCACACUUUUCUCAGCUAUGAGAACUCUGCGGGCGUAGGGAGGGUCUUUGCUGUUGGGAGGAACGAAGCCGGUCAACUGGGGCUUGAUUUCGCCAGCCAGGAGGAGACGAGGGGCCUAGUCGAAGGUUUCCAAGGCGAUCGCAUACUGUCGACCAAGGCCGCUUGCCAGAGUGGUUAUAUCGUAUUGGAACAGCAGGGUCCGUUAGCGAAAAACUACAAUCAUAUUCAAGCUUGCUCAACCGCUGAUGCGGAUUCUGCUCACCGGCUCGAUGAUGGGCUCGGCUCCUACCUUUUCCGCUCUCGGUGCUCAGACGAGACGGCGCUCUACGUCUGCGGUAAUCUAUCGAGAGGUCGACUGGCACAACCCAACUUCUAUUCACCACCUCCCCUUGAGGAGCAUGAGGAACCGGCAAUGUCACUCUUGUCAAAAGCGACCCAGGUGACGCUCCCGCCAAAAGUAGGCCGAAUCCGCCAGAUCGAAACAGGUUUCGAGCAUAUUCAGAUUCUGUCAGGUAAAUCAUGAUGUGGGAUCGCCCUUACUGAUACCCAGUUUACUCACUGAUGAACCUCAUAAUCUCACAGAGAACGGGGCUCUCUAUGGUUCCGGCUGCAACACAGAUGGGCAACUCGGUCUCGGGGAAGCUUGCCUUGUCGACAUCUAUCAGCUCACACCCAUGCCGAUACCAGACGAAGUUUUGGCACAAGGCGGCAUCGCAACAAUACGAGCCGGAGCGGAUACAUCUGCCUUGAUCACGAAGGAAGGAAGACUGUGGACAUGGGGCAAUUCGGUGCGUAUUUGCUCUAACGCGCUCAAACGAGCUCGAGACGCUGAGCGAAUAAUUUGCUCAUCCACCCGCAGGAAUAUGCCCAGGGCCUGCAGGGGAUCAAGAUCGAUCAGAUACAUACGCCAAAACCGAUAGAUGAUUUCUUCCUCACUCCAUCGCGAAGGAUCGUCGACUAUCAAUGUGGAGGAUCGUUCGCCAUUGUUCUAGACGGUGAGUCUUGGAGCUUCAGCUAACAGGGCCUGCGAUGUGAUGAAAUAUUUGUGCCGUGGCCAUCGGACGAGUCUGGUCCGAAAUUCUUAGGAAGAGGCGGACGGAGACUCGAAGGCAGGACAACGCCGGUUUUUGCUAAACACAGACGUGGGGACUCACUCGUCGCUUGCGUCGAGGCGAGCCCCUUGCGUAAUUCAUUCUGAUCGCGAUUCUGGAUCCAUGUUCGAUGCACUCACUUCCCAACCGAGCAACUGACUUUACCAUCCAAUCUGUGGAUGGGUAGAUCGAGGCUCGGUCUACUCUGCGGGAUAUGGCGCUCUUGGUCUUGGAUCUUCAACCCUCGAGUCGACGACGGUACAGCGCAUCGACGCACUAGAAGGGUGUGGGAUCACGCGGAUCCGGGCUGGGUGGGGUUGGGCUACUGCUAUACGAGGUUCGUCACCCCGACUGGCCCGAUAUCUCACAUAGCUUGACUGACAUGCGGCCCACCUCUUGCGACAGACGCGCCCGAGGGGAAUUCGGCUUUGUACACCUGGGGCGUCAAUAACUCGCACGGACGACUGGGAGUUGGGAUGGUCGGAUCUGCUCCACGGACUCGAGAUAAACCAACUGUACCUUCACGGAUCUACGAACCGACCGAAGUGGACUUGCCCUUGCGAGAGCUUGGAUUGGACCGAGACGGCGUCGAGUGGGGAAUCGAUCAGGUCGAAUGCGGUUCGGAUGCACUUUGGGUGUCGCUAGGGGAGAGCUAUACAGACUAG